AUGUCGUCGAACCCCUAUGAGAUCAGCCCAGAUCAAGCGAAACUCCCGCACAGAGCCAAUGUGCCCUCGCUAAAGUUUAGUCAAAAGACCGUGGAGGAGACGGCAGGCGAGCUCGACACAGACGUCAAGACGGGGCUCACCAAUAGCCAGGACGUGUUGAAUCGCAAGUCGAUAUACGGGGCCAACGAAUUGAACAGCGAAGAAGAGGACAGCUUGGUGAUGAAGUUUAUCAAGUCGUUUUACCAGGAUCCUCUCAUAUUGUUGUUGAUUGGCUCUGCGGUUAUCAGUUUCUGGAUGGGCAACAAGGAUGACGCUAUUAGUAUAACUUUGGCCAUUGUCAUUGUGGUCACGGUGGGGUUUGUCCAGGAGUACCGGUCGGAAAAGUCGUUGGAGGCGUUGAACAAGUUGGUCCCCGCCGAAGCCCACUUGACCAGAAAUAGCAACACCACCACGGUGUUGGCGUCGACGUUGGUUCCUGGCGACGUUGUCUAUUUCUCGACUGGGGAUCGGAUUCCGGCAGAUAUUCGAAUUGCAAAUUCGGUCUACUUGACCAUUGACGAGAGCAACUUGACUGGAGAAAACCAACCCGUGCAAAAGAAUUCCGAGGUGGUCACGGUUAAGGACCCCUCGGUUACAGAGAGGACAAACAUUGCAUUUAUGGGUACCUUGGUGAGAGAAGGACACGGCAGUGGUAUCGUUGUUGGUAUCGGCGCCCAGACUGUUUUCGGAACCGUGUUUGAAAUGAUGAGUCAGAUUGAAAAACCCAAAACGCCGUUGCAACAAGCGAUGGACAAGUUGGGCAAGGAGUUGAGCUUGUUUAGUUUUUUCGUUAUUGGUAUCAUCUGCAUCAUCGGGGUAUGUCAAGGCAGAUCGUGGUUGGAUAUGUUUCAAAUCUCGGUGUCAUUGGCGGUGGCUGCCAUCCCCGAAGGGUUGCCCAUUAUUGUAACGGUCACUUUGGCCUUGGGAGUUUUAAGACUAGCGAAAAAGAAGGCCAUUGUCAAAAGGUUACCCAGUGUGGAGACCUUGGGGUCGGUCAAUGUCAUUUGCUCAGAUAAAACUGGUACCUUGACUGAAAACCACAUGACGGUGACCAAGAUUUGGACCACCGAUUUCAAAGGCAGCUUCAAUACGCCAUUUCUUGUCGCCGAGCGACUCGACGACUCAACCUUACACCACAAGCUCACCGCCAAUAUUAGAAAAGUGUUGCUUUGCGGUAACGUUUGCAAUAACGCCAAGUACUCAUCCAGCAAUGAAAAAUACGUGGGCAACCCGAGCGACAUUGCCUUGCUCGAGUGUUUGCCGCACUUUGGUCUUGAAGAUAUACGGGGACUGAGAGAGAGGAUAAGCGAGUUGCCAUUUUCAUCGGAUCGAAAAUAUAUGGCCGUUUGCGUGCAUACGGGAGACAUGAACAAGGCCGAGACCUUUGCCAAGGGAGCCACUGAAAAGAUUGUUAAGCACUGUAACCGAUAUUUCGACGAGCACGGAGAAGUCAAACCCCUAACCGAUGAAAUCAAGGAGUCCAUCGCCGAGAAAUCAAAGAUGCUCGCGCACGACGGUCUUCGUGUUCUUGGCUUUGCCGAAAACAACCGCAAGUUCCAAAGCGAAAAGCUGGAAAAGUCACAAUCUGAGCCGGAAGAUUUAAUCUUUUGCGGCUUAGUUGGAAUGAAGGACCCACCUCGAGCCAACGUGGGCCAGUCCAUCACGACGUUGAUGAAAGGUGGCGUGCACGUGAUUAUGAUCACGGGCGACUCUCCUUCCACUGCCAUGAACAUUGCCAAGCAGAUUGGCAUGCCCAUCACGGGGGACCACUCGGUGAUGACGGGAGACCAAAUCGAUGAGCUCAAGGAAGGAUCGCUUGCUGAAGCCAUCCACAAUGUCUCGGUUUUCGCGAGAACCACGCCGGAACACAAGGUCAAGAUUGUCAAGGCGUUGCAGAGAAGGGGCGACGUUGUGGCCAUGACGGGUGACGGUGUCAAUGAUGCACCGGCCCUAAAGUUGGCCGACAUUGGUAUCGCCAUGGGCAGAAACGGAACUGAUGUUGCGCGAGAGGCUGCCGAUAUGGUUCUCACCGAUGACGAUUUCAGCACCAUCCUUGCUGCUAUCGAGGAAGGUAAAGGGAUUUUCUACAAUAUUCAGAAUUUCAUUACUUUCCAAUUGAGCACCAGUAUUGCUGCGUUGACUUUGGUUGCCGUGGCCACGUUUUUCGGCUUGCCCAAUCCGCUCAAUGCCAUGCAGAUUUUGUGGAUCAACAUCUUGAUGGACGGUCCGCCUGCGCAAUCGUUGGGUGUUGAGCCCGUCGACCACGAAGUGAUGAACAAGCCCCCGCGUAAGAGAUCGGACCAGAUCUUGACUCCGGAGUUGUUGAAGCGCGUGGCCCAAUCGGCCAUCGUGAUCAUCAUUGGAACCAUGUACGUGUUUGUGUCCGAGAUGAGGGACGGAGAAGUCACGUCGCGCGACUUGACAAUGACGUUCACCGCGUUUGUCUUUUUCGACAUGUUCAACGCAUUGGCAUGUCGUCACCACACAAACUCGAUUUUCACUAUGGGACUCCACAAUAAGAUGUUUAAUUUAUCGGUGUUGGGGUCGCUUUUAGGCCAGUUGUGCGCCAUAUACGUGCCCUUUUUCCAAAGCAUAUUCCAGACUGAAGCGUUGAGCUUGCGGGACUUGUUGCAUUUGGUGCUCUUGUGCAGCUCGGUUUUCUUUGUUGACGAGUUGAGGAAAUGGUGGGAGAGACGUAAGACGAUUUAUACCAAUAAUUAUAAUUAUGGGGUUUGA